AUGCUUGGAUUAAGUACGCGUAGAUUAGCUGGGUAUCCCAAAGCCUCUUUCCAUGAGCAGAACAUAAACCCAUUUUCGAAUGUACAAUGGAAAAGCACGCCUUUCAUGAAGAAGAACAUGCCCAAAACGGACAUUUUUGCAGAAGAACAUGUGUCGAAGAAUGCAAUCAGUGUGUUUGACAAGGAAAAGGGUAAUUGGUUUGUUAUUGAUGCAUAUAACAAAAGCGUUGGAAGUCUAAGUGUAUGCAUCUGCAAGCUGUUGCAAGGGAAGUACAGAGUUGAUUACAAUUCCAAUAGAGUGAACAGUAGUAGUGUAAUAGUAGUUAACGCAAUUCAUGUUAAGUUUUAUGGACACACCUGGGAUACAAAGAUAUAUAAAUUUCCAAGAAAAAGUCAUUCAAAAGGUCAUAAAAUAUUAACAUGCAAGACAGUUUUUGCUAGAAACCCUUCCAUGAUAUUAAACUUAGCUGUUAAAAGAAUGCUACCAAAUAAUAGAUUGCGACAAAUUUUUUAUAGAAAACUUUUUGUUUAUCCAGGAGCUCUUCACCCACACUGGAGUAUACCUCAAGUCAUAGUUCCAAAGAAGGAAAUGGAUUCUAAUUCUGACCAAAGUAGAAUAAUGGCAUUUACUGUUGUGUAA